CAGGAGGCACAUUCCUCAUACCACCACAGGACAAUGAAGGCGGUAUUACUGUUAGUGUGUGUUGCGGUGGUGUCUUCGAAGCCUACGGGCGAUGAAGAUGUGUUGGGUUCCGUAAUACGAGUCGUGAGGAGUUGCUCAGAGACGGAUGUCGCGUUGUGUCUCAAGGAAAAAGCGCUGAAAUACGCCGAAAAUUUGGCUUCAGCACGAGAGAUCGACAUUACUGACGGUAUCACACUAGUUGGCAGUGGAUCAUCCCGGUCAGCCAGGUCCUUUGAGCCACUCUCAGAAGAGCCAAGAGCCAGGGAGGACCAGAUAGAGACCAGGCUGGCAGAUGCAGCUGCGGACUUCUUUGAAAACCACGUCAUCCAGCUUAGAGUACCAAAGAGCACUGUAGAAGAUGUCAAGAGGUCACUUGAGGAAGGUCGUGGCAAAAAGAAGAAGCUGAAGCAACUGAUCCCAAUCUUCGCUCUGCUCCAGCUGAAGAUCCAGUCCCUCAUUCCUCUGUUCCUCGGAAUCAUCGCCUUUGCUGCUGUCAAAGGACUCAUCCUUGCUAAGGCAGCCCUGUUAGCUUCUGCUUUGGUCCUACUCAAGAAGUUGUUGUCGAAGCAUGACCACCAUGAGAGUUAUGAGGUGGUUGCCCAUCCACACCAUGAUGAGCACUACAGCCAUGGCGGUGGUCAUGGAGGAUGGGGACGAUCUCAAGAUGCCCAGGACCUCGCCUACAACGCAUACUCUACAUAAGCCAUGAAUAGAUGGAACUUUUGAAUUAUAACUCCACCUGGAUACUAUUUUAUAGAUGGGUUUCUUAUAUUCUUUACAAAGGUUUUUGCUAACAUUCUGGUCUCCUCUUAGGGGGAUCUUGUCUUUCGUUAUUUAGACAAGUCUUAAUUACGCGUUAUUGUAUGGUUACUUGAUCAUUAUUGCAAAUAUAAAAUAGUAUUUUGACGGAGUAUAGUCCUUACGCGUACCUCAAUGUUUGUUGAAAAUUAAUUUAUUGUUAUUUAAUAAUAAUUAUUUAAUUUAUUUAACUUAUUAAAUGCUUGGCUAUGGUCUACGCGUCACCAGUAUUUUGAUAUAUAUGUACCUGUUGUUUUUUUUUUAUUUUUAUCGAAUAGUACAAAGAUUAUUUUAAGUAAAUAGUUUUAAUAUUGUUUUUCAAACUAUGAUUUUCACCAAAGUCACAAUUAUCUCAUUCUUUAAGUACUUUUAUUGUUUUUCACUUAAGUUUAUUGACUUUUAUUAUUUAUCAUUUCUCAUGUUUAUUUAUAUAAUUUAUAUAUUGCUUUUGUAAAUAUGCUUCAUAUAAUGUAUUUACGUAAAAUAUUGUUUUUGAGAUCUUCGUUUUUUGAUAUAAUAUUACGUAUGUAUACAAUCCUUUUCUUAUCUAUAUUUUACAUUUAUUUGUGACAUUAUUUCAUAAUUUUUUAAUGAUUUUAUUAUAAUAUAAUAAUAUAUAUCUAAAAGGUGAUGCCCUUCUUUACAAAUCACUUUCAUGUUCACCCACCAUUAUGCACGAUCAUUAUUAAUUAAUAUUUUAGAUGAUAUAAGUAUUUAUUAAUAUUAAUAAAUGUACGAAAGUCAUAUAAAUUAAA